AUGGCGGGUAGUAAUCAAGGACAGAGCAUGCCUGGCAAUGGUCAUGGCCCAAACAUGCCCAUCCCCAGAGACCAGGCGUACGGGCAGCAGCCGUUACACCCAUCGCAACAACCACCGCAACUACAACAACAGCAGAUGAUACAACCAUCACAUCAGCAUCAACAACAGCAGCAACAACACCACCAGCAAGCACAACAGGGGCAACAAGGGGCACCUCACGGGCCACCACAACCACAGCAUCGGCAGCAACAACAACAUGCACCCAAGCACGCUGUGCAGAUGCAACAACAACCGCCGUCACAGAUGCAACAGCGGUCACCUCAUGUGCACACACAGCAACGCGUUCAUAUACAGCCAGCUCAUGGACCUCAGAAACUGCAGCCACAGCAGUCGAAUCCGAAACAGCACCAGCAACACCAGCAACCGCAACAGCAACAACACCAAGGGGGAGGUAUGGGUAAGGGGGGUAGUAGUGCUGACCAUGCGAAUGCCGGAAAUAAGAACAAUUCUGGUAUUUCUUCUGGACCGAUUAUGAUGGGUAGAGGUGGGGAGAGAAGUUCACUGUGCCCUAAGGAUCGUAUGGCACCGCAGCAACAACAGCAACAGCAUCAACAGAAGGGAAGACCGCCUAGUAACCAUCCUUACACACAACAGCAGCCUAUCAUGCAACAGCCUAUGGCACAACCACCGAUACAGCAACAACCACCAAAGCAUGUACAACAACAGCAACAGCAACAACACCAAGCUCAGCAACAACCGCAACAACAGCAGCCACAGCAACAACUGGGUCAGCACCCCAACGCCCACCCCCAGGCACCGCAACAACAACAGCUUCAGCAGCCCAAGAAGCAACAACAACAACAACAACAGCAACAACAUCCACACAAGCAACCUCAGCAGCAGCAGCAGCAGCAGCAACCCGGACCUCCUCCGCAGCCGCAGACACUAGCACCCAUGCCCCCGAAUGUAUCCCAGCAGGGGACUCAGUUGUCGGCCAUUGCGCCAGGCGCAGGGUCCAACAGUAACAGCAACAGCAACAACAACUCGGGAUCCAAUUCUGGGCCGAAUUUUACCAAUACGGGUGCGAAUGCGAAUGCGAUUGCGAGUGCGAGUGCUAUGGCGAACCCGCAGGAGAGCGGGGGCAACCCCAGUUCCAGCCUGAAGGUGGAGGAUGCCUUGUUGUAUCUGGACGAUGUGAAGCUGCAGUUUAAGGACGAUCCACAGGUGUAUAACCAGUUCCUAGAUAUCAUGAAGGAGUUCAAGAGCCAGGCAAUCGACACACCGGGUGUUAUCAAUAGGGUGUCCACGUUGUUUCAGGGUCGACCCAAGCUAAUUCGAGGAUUCAAUACUUUCCUACCACCGGGAUAUCAAAUCGAGAUCGGUGCAAAUGGGCAGCCGCUUAUGAGACAAAUGCAGGACGGCCGAGCCGUGUAUAUGCCUGUGGGGCCGAUGGUCAGUGGACCACCCCUAGCAGCGCACCAGGGCAUGGGCAUUAUGGGUCCAGGUCAAGGGCCUAUCCCAGGAAGGGGACCGAUGGGUGACACAGACAUCAAGCGCGAGAAUAAGAGACCAGUCAUGGGGGCUAAUGGGCCUGGAUCUGGCUCGGGCCACGACGCCAAACCUAUUGCGAUUGCACCAGGCGGCAGUGGAAACCAAGGCCCCAAAAAGGCCAUCAGACGCAGCACCACAGGCACUGGCCCGAUGUCGGCUGGAGAUCAACCUGGACCACCGCAUGCGAACAUAGCCCCACAGCAACACCCCCACCACACCCAGCAGCAGACACCGAAAAACAUUGCCAUGGCUCCGGGCAAUAAAGGCCCGGGUGUGGGUGGGGGAGCCAACAAGCCGCUACAGCCCCAACACGGGUCACCACGUAUACCCGCACAACAGCAACAACAGCAGCAGCAACAACAGAAAUUGGCGAUGCAGAAGGGCCCCAACGGACCCCCACUACAGCCCCAACCCUCGCAGUCACCGCAUCACGGGCCUUACGGACAAAACGGUCCUAAUGUCCCGGGGCACGGUGCUGGGCAAGGGCAGGGGCCAUCACACGGACCCAAACAGGGCCCACAGCCCCAGGGAAUCAACUUGCCUGCCGGUCAACACCAACAGCGCACACAACAACAGCCACAGCAGCAGCAUUCAGGUAAACCGUCACUGUCGAUGGGUGGGUCAGGGCCUUUAAAUGGGCCUGAUGGUAGGCGCGAGAGUGGGUAUGGUAUGGGAGGGGGGGUUGGCGGGCAAUCGCCGCACUACGGAGCACAGCCGCAGCCACACACACAGGCACAGGGCUACCCUCAUCCACAUCCACAACAACAACAGCAGCAGCAGCAACAGCAGCCACCCCAUCAGCGCAACUCGCAGCAACAGGCACCUGCACAGGGACAGGCAGGGCCAGCGGGUGGUCCACCCUCUGGCAACCCACCGCAGAAGCCCAAUGCAGACCUCAAGGGGCCCAAGCACGCCCUGAAGGGACCGGCACAGCCCCAAACACCGGUACAGCCGCAUGAGAACUCACCAUCCGGGAAUGUCAGUGGUGGUGGGAGCGGUCCGAGAAGACCCCCUAUGGCUAAGAUGCCACCAGGACAAGCGCAGCAGCCACCAGUACAAACAUCACCCCCGCACCAGGCGCCUCAGCAGGGUCGUCCCAUUGCGUACAGAGAUCAGAAGAUGGGGCUGGGCCCGCACCUGAGUGGUAUGGGUGCAGGUGCAGGGCGCGAGAGCAGUAGUGGCCCAGGACAGCAGAACAUACAAUCCCAGCCGCAUCAACCACAGGUGCAACCGGCAAAACAGCCCCAGCCACAAACAGCACCUCAACAGCAGCGACAGGGAAGCGCGAGCGAACCAUCGCAACCGCCACAGGCUCAGCAACAUGCACCUGCACUCGGGCCAGGGGGUCCUCGAGGUGCGUCUGGUCGCCAGUCGAUAGCACUGUACCAACAGCCGGCUGGAGAGCAAGGGGGGGUGAAGUAUGAGGGGCAGGUAGGUAAGUACGAGUCCCCGCAGCAGCAGACACAGGGCCCGCCCCAGCCCAAAGCCCAGGGGCAGAUUGAAUCACAUCCACAGCAACCGCCCCAGCCACAGGGUAUGCAGGGACCGGCUGGUGUGGGGGGAAACGUACCACCCGCACGACCGCCCGUGGAGUUCAAUCACGCGAUAAACUAUGUGAACAAGAUAAAAACCCGGUUUGCCGGGUCUCCAGAGAUCUACAAGAACUUCCUGGAGAUCCUGCACACGUACCAGAAGGAGCAGCAGACAAUUAAAGAGGUGUACAGCCAGGUGGCCCAUCUCUUCCGCUCCAACCUCGAUUUGCUGGAAGAGUUCUCCCAGUUCUUACCCGAGGCAGCGCCAUAUGCCGAAAGCGUAGCCCGUGGCGGGCAGGGGCCUCUGCCGCCACCCCUCCCCACCAACCACGGACCAUACCACAACACACUGAACACCGAGGAACGUAUCAUGUAUGAGAACCAACCUCAGCCACACAUGCGCGACGGGGGUCUGCUUAGUGCCGAGGACAUGGACAUGGACGCGCAGCAGUACAACGACCGCGAGAUGAACAUGGCGCGCGAGAACCGUGAGCGCGACCGCGAGAGGGAACGGCACGAGCGUGAACGUGAACUCGAACACGAAAGGGAGCGCGAGAGGGAAAGAGAGCGCGAGAGAGAGCGCGAGAGGGAUGCGGUGGCGGGUGCAAAGGCUGCCAGGGAUGCAAAUAGCCGGCACGAGCUGGUGAAGGAGAGGCUCGUCGGGGUGAAUAGCGGGAUUCAUACCGGGACGGUGUCCGGGAGGGGCCGUGGGGGUAAGGGCGCUGGUAAGAGCGGGGUUGGGCGAGGUGGGAAGGCCAAUGGGAAACGCAAAACGGCCCGGCAAGAAGUAUUUGAUCCAGGGUAUUCCAGUGCGGCGCCGCUGCCACAGCAGCAAACCACGUGGUCGGAGGUUGCACCCGCACCCAUAGGAUUGGGACUGGGUGCGGGCAACCGAGGGCAGAACGGCGAUGGGGAGACGGGCACACAGGACAGCCCACCCCCGCUCAAGCGGAAGAAGGCGCUGAGCAGUGAUAUCAAGAUACCCGAGUGCAGCACAUACGGAACACUGGUGUCCUUCUCCAAGGUCAAGGCGGCGCUGAAGAACCAGAAGGCCAUGGACAACUUCAUCCGGGCGACCAAGUUGUACGAGAUUGGGGCCGUGAGCGAGUCUGAGCUGGUGAGUAUGGUAGAACCGUUCCUGAACCCUCACCCGGAGCUGUUUGAUUGGUUCAAGAAACACCUACCAAGCGUGGCGGCCAAUCAGAACGGAGCUGCUGCUGCCGCCGAGGAAAGUGGCGGCAGUGGCCUCGAUGUGGCUGUGCAGCCGAAUGGCACAACCGGGCCAGAAGUUACUAGUGCGCCAGAGGAGGUGACGGAAGACGAUGCCCUAGAACCCGCCCCUCUGCCGAAUGACCAGAAUCCGAAUAUCCUCACCUCCUUAUGGGAUCUUGAGAACGACAAGAGUGCCACCGGUCUCAUCGACUUCACGGCCUGUAAGCGGUACGGCUACAGUUAUCGUGCCCUGCCCAAGUCCCAUCUAGGACGCAAGUGCAGUGGUCGCACAGCCGCAGAUCAGUCGGUGCUCAACGACAUCUGGGUCUCCUCGGCCACCUCGUCCGAAGACUCGUACUUUGUGAAUAGCAGGAAAAACACUCACGAGGAGCAGCUGGCCAUAUGCGAAGAAGCCCGAUACGAAAUGAGCACUUUGUUGGGAGAGCUGACAGACACCAUCCGUGUGUUGGAAUAUAUAGCCAAGAAACUCACUGCAAUGUCUCCGGCCGACGCAGCGGCACUGCGGCUGGACGACAAGUUGGGAGGGUCCUCGAGGACUAUAUACAAGAAGGCUCUCAAACGGAUAUACGAUGAGAAGACGCCGGAAAUCAUCGAUGGUUUGCGAACAAACACUGCCGUGGCCGUACCGAUUGUCCUGAAACGCCUCAAGCAGAAGUGCGAGGAAUUGCGCACAGCCAAAGUGGGCUGGGACCAAGUGUGGGAUGCCACCACCGAGAAGAACCACGCCAAGUCUCUGGACCACCAAGGCCCAACGUUCAAACAGAACGACCGCAAAGCCAUCUCCGUGAAGAGUAUGCUUGCGGAAGUGGAGGCUAAGCGCAACGAGGAGACUACGCAGGCGAGUGCGAAUGAGGCACCGCACUACACGCACACGUACGAGGACAGAGAGGUGCUGCAGGAGGUGGCACGGCUCAUGCACCACUACCUUUUCAACUGCCCCAACAGCUUCAGCAACUCAGACCGACAGAAGAUGAGCCAUCUGCUGUGCAAUUUCCUGUGCAAAUUGAUCGGCACCGAGCCAAUGGACCGCGAGAAGCUGACCCAUCCGCCGCAUAGCGAACGCAGUGUGUCACCCGCUGCCCUGCCAAAUGGCACUGCCACAAAGACUCGGGCCAGCAAGACUGCAUCCACUACCACCACAGCCAAGCAAACUACCAGCACCGCAAGCACUGCCGUGGCGGCUACUGCAAACCCCUCUAGUCCCAGAAAGUCCGAAAAUAUCAACGGAAUUAAGUCAAACUCGGAAAGUGGGCUGGAGAAAGGGGUCGAUAAAGGGUUUUAUAUGGGCAGGAAAUUUGAAAACGGGUCGAUUACGGGGAGGAGUGGGCACUACAGGGGACCCCAACCCACGAUUAUAAACCCAUUGGUGCAGGCCUCGGCCGUCACCGCAAACAAGCCUUCCGGCAAGGCCAAGAAACGCUCGGUGCGAACGGUGGACAUGUUCUACGGCAACAACCACUGGUUUGCGUUCCUGCGGAUGCAUUAUCUCAUUUACUCGCGGUGCAAAGCCCUAAAGGAAUGGGCCAGGUACAAGGAGCUACACGAGUACGACGGCUUCACCAAACAAGACCCGCAUGAAGAGGUGGCAGUGAUCAUCAAGCGCAAACACGCCCCCACCGUCGAGCCAGCGCACCUCCACAAGACAUUCAUCACAUACGUCGAGGCGCUACUGGACAAUGGCAUCGACUCCGCCACUUACGAAGAUUUGUUACGCGACUUGUACGGGCCACGGGCUCAUGAGGUGUUCACAAUCGACCGAUUGAUCCAAAACUCAAUGCGACAGCUGCACUCGCUCACUACCGACGAAAUCUCGCGCAAGCUUCUAAGUCUGUACGACUACAACCAACUGUGUAAGGAAACGUAUCCCGCAUUCAACCCGGCUGUCUACCGCACGAACUGCGAGCACUCUAUCCGCGAUGAUUCGCUUUUCUCCGUCGAAUUCAGGAAAUUCGGGGCCCUAUCCGAAAAGAUAUCCGAUGCGCGACUGCGAAUGCUCAACCCCGACGAAACAUCCAGCCCACAAAUAGAUGCGUCUACUGUAGACGAGGAAUGGUCCCUGUAUGUCAGCAAGUACACAGACGCUACCACCAUCGCCCCGCCCUCUGUUGUACCCAGUAUACGGAGAAUCCCGAGAGAUGCCGCACAAGGUGCUAAGAAACGCACCAUUGUGGAGGCUGAGGUGAGCACGGGCACGGUUUCGAACACACAUGAAGAGCCCGAUGAGAGGGAGGUCAAGGCUGCGCGAUUGGAGACGCCUGUGGCUGCUGAGGUGGAGGGUUCUGUGAAGACGGACCCAUCGCCGGCAGUGGAUAGUUCCGAUGCCACUGUAAAGCCUUCCGCGGCGAACGAUAGCGAUAAUGUCGCCAAAGCAGGUGCGGAUGCAAGUACAGGCACAGAUACAGAUACAGAUACAUCCGCGCCGCAGCAAUCGACAGUCGACAAUCAAGCACCCGUCCGGCCCCAGAAAGGACUGGGGCAGACAAGUCACGCUACCGCCACGCCUGUAGUGAUGGUGACCUCAGAACCCGUAGGCAUCACGUCUCAGUAUGUGCUGAGCCACAUAUACCACACGCAGGAACGGAACACGGUUAGCACUACCGGGAAUGCGAAAGGCAGAGGCAAGGUGGGGAGAGGAGGCACCGCGGGUGGUCACCAUGGCAACGGCAGGCGGAAUGGCAAUAAUAAUAAGGAUACAACCACCGGCGAUUCGGAUGCUGGGACCGCGUCGCGCGGGAAUAGCCGAAUUAAUGGCACGGGUAACCAUAGCAACGAGAAUGAAGGAAUGGGUCAAAGUAACCUGCUCUCGAGUUACACGGGUAAUAUGCUCAAGGUGCCCGUGUUCCUGCGGCGUGCCGUGGACACCGGCAUUGAGAAACACGUACAUCCAAAUGUCAAUGCGUCGGUUGCUGAGGCGGACCUAGAUGAGGAUGUGAAUAUGACAGAUGCACAGACAGCGGCGCACAACACGGCCGAGUGUACCACAGAGUACCGGGACGGCACCGACAGGAAAGUGUCAAUCUACGCCAAGAAUGCGCUGGAAGUUAAGAUGUGCAUUAAUUCGUACAAGCUCAAGUACGUGACCGACACAUCGGACUACGUCACGAAGACGCGGACGGGCGGGCCAAUGAGAGUAAAGAGGACCCUCAAUGGCCCUGCUGCCAAUCUGAAUAGAUGGCGGAGAUUCGGCACGAAAUGGUUAAAUGAUAAUAAGUCUACCGACAAAAAUACAGAGAGUCUACUCAAAAUUGUCGAAGAGACUUCGCAGGCUAAGAUAGCCAAUGGCACGAAUACUGCAGAACCUGCGAAAUCCGGCAGUUGAUGGAAUGCAGAUACAAUGGCUACAUUAGAGGAUUUGGCCACUCCUCUCAUAAAUAUUAUGUCUCAAAGAUGGAAUUUUAUCUCGUAGGGACAAUGUGUAACUCUAAAUAUUAAAGGAACAAGCAACGUCACUCACACCGUUAUAAGUAGAAAG